AUGACUCAUAGACUAACCAAUUUUCUCAUUUACGAUCAAGACCCCUUGGAGUUUUUCUUGAACGAAUCUACUUCUAUGGAAAAAUCGAACGUCUUUCAAACUUGGGAUUUGCAAGCCUCGACGAUUCGGUCCCAGCCGGCUACUCGUGCUCCUGCGAAUGCUCAUGCUACUCAUGAAGUUAAAGAGGGUAUUUAUGCUCGUCGUGUCCUUUAUAUGGACAUCAGAGGCCGCGGGUCUAUUCCGUUGACCCGUACGGACGAGAAUUUGACUCCUCAUAAGUUGUUCGUCUUUCAUAAAUCUCGAAGGAUGAGGGGCAAGGGGAUUGAUCGAGAAAGAUCUCUUGUUCUUAUUAUAGGAUCGUGGUUGGAUCCGCAUAUGUUUGGUAAAGAGAAUAAUCUUCUCCUUUGA